GGCGGCAGCUGAGGCGCCUGUGGCGGCGGCGGCGGCGGCGGCGGCGGCUGCUGCAGCUGAGGCGACGACGGCGGGAACAGAAGAUGGCAGAUUUCUUAAAAGGAUUGCCUGUGUACAACAAAAGCAAUUUUAGCCGAUUUCAUGCCGACUCCGUGUGCAAAGCUUCGAACCGGCGCCCCUCAGUCUACCUACCCACUCGGGAGUACCCAUCUGAGCAGAUCAUUGUAACAGAAAAGACAAACAUCCUCCUGCGCUACCUGCAUCAGCAAUGGGACAAAAAGAACGCUGCCAAGAAGAGAGACCAGGAGCAGGUGGACGGGGAGGGGGAGAGCUCGGCGCCCCCCCGCAAGGUGGCUCGGACCGACAGCCCGGACAUGCACGAGGACACCUAGGACCCCCGCUCCUCCGGGGGUCUUCCCAGGCCAGCUCCUGCCACCUGCCCACCCACCCCCCGCCCGUAAGCCUCCUGCCCGCCUCCCAGGGCCCCCACACCUCGCCGUCCACAGCGUGUUCAACCUCAUAGGAGCCGACGUAUUUAUUUUCCUUAGUUUUUAUUUAUGCUGUGACAUGUGUCAAGCGGUGGUUAAAGGGGACCUUAGAAGUGUGAUGUCAUUAGACGCUUUGUCAACAUACAUUGGUCUUCACACACACACACACACCCCUGCCCAGGUCCCCCAUCCCGAGAGCAGGAGUGUGUCCUCGAGCGCCCAGGGCCAGGGUUCCUGCUACAGCCAGGUGGCAGGGGUGGGGCCAGGCCUCGUGGUCUGGUCUCCCUGGACAGCUGAGCGGCCUUUUCCCUCACACCGGACCGGUCCAGCCUCAGACUCCGCCUAGUCUUGAGGUCCUCCAAGAUCUAUUCCGUACCCAGGCCUCACUGAGAGGCAGGGGAGAAGCUGGCCCUUCUGGAUAUUCCUCUUAAGUCAUUUAUCAUGGACUAGUGCGUGCUCCAUGUCUACCCCAAUAAAGGAUCUUUCCUACUCAA